AUGUUGCUAAAGCUCAUCUGCUUCUUCCUCUGCGCUCUGAUUGCACCAAAUCUCACAGGUGAAGAUGCUUUGCUGCCAGCACCUCAGAAUAUCUCUAUCCUUUCUACCAACAUGAAACAUUUCUUAUCUUGGAGUCCUGUGACCGCCCAGGAAGAAACUGUGAGAUACUCUGUUGAGUUUCAGGGUGAGUAUGAACGAGACUACGCCAAUGAGAGCUGGAUUCCCAUCUGUGAAUGUUCACUCAUCACAGCCACGGCGUGCAACAUCACAGAGGAUAUCUCAGCCACUGUGGCCUAUAAGCUGCGUGUAAGGGCAGACACUGGCACUAGAAGAUCAGAGUGGGGCACCCUGAAAGGUUUCUUCAAUCGCAUCACAACUUCUCUGACCCCACCUCUGAUGAAGGUCAUAGCAGAUGGCUAUCAUUUACUAGUGGAGCUGGAAGACAUGGGGCCUGCCUUUCAGUUCUGUGUUCUCUACUGGAAGAAGGGCCAGGAGAGUAGGAUGCAGCGGAAGGUGGUGAAGGAUGUCAGCUCUGUGGUUCACCUGGACACCAUGGAGGCAGGAUCUGAUUACUGUGUAAAAGCUCAGACAUACGUUGAGGCAAUCAACAGAAGCAGCAGCUUCAGCCAGACACAGUGUGUGAGGGCACAAGGUGGCACAUCCAUGUGGCUGGUUACUGCCCUCAUCAUCUCUGCUGGCUUUGCCGUGGCUGCUUUGACCCUGCCUUUCCUUACCUGGAAAACAAGUAAAAUGCUUCAGUUUUCCUGCUGCCCUGCUUCAGUACUGCCAGACACACUGAAAGUAUCAGAGCCCCCACCCCAGCUGAUACUGUGUGGCAGUGAAGAAGCUGAGCAAUGUGAUCUGAUGGUGCAUGUGAUGCCCUCAGAAGAAGUUCUCCGACUGUGGAUUCAAGAAACACUUUAG